AUGGCGUUCCGACGACCACAUCGGAAAUCUCGCCACGGCUGCAUGGAAUGCAAGAGACGCCGAGUCAAGUGCGACGAAACCCGGCCAAUAUGCACCAACUGCACCAAGCGUCAUUCUGAAUGUGAGUACGGGUCGUCAACCUCCCUACUGUGGGCAAAUGAAGACCCCACGGCACCAUCUCUCGGGUCCGACAGCGGACAGUCUGGCGACCCAGUACGGGGACUCCGUUCAUCGUUGAGUCCAAGUGCAGGAGCGGGAACAGCAGACUCCUUCGGAGUCCUAGGCCAGCACGGCAGUGAAAAUGCCGCGAUCUCAGCGGGAUCCCCACUGAACCUCAACGACCUGGAGCUGAUGAUGCAGUGGUGCAACACGACAUUCCGGACACUGUCACGCAACGAGCACACCGACCCAAUCUGGCGCUACAUCGUACCCGAAGAGGCGCUCUUACAUCCAUUCCUAAUGCAUGGCAUCCUGGCCCUGUCAUCGCUACAUCUCGCUCGAACAGGGCCGGAGCUGACCCGUCGCGCGUCAUAUCUCAACCGUGCUGUCGCGCACCAGAACCAGGCGCUGGCGCUGUUUCGGGAGCUACUGGGCGACGUGAAGGAGAGUAAUGCCAAGGCGAUGUUUGCUUUUGCGGGAAUUGUGGUUAUCUACACGUUUGCAUUCCCGCAUACACCAGACGUGCAGGAUCCGUGGUCCUGCGUCGAUGAUUUGUACCAGGUUCUCGUUUUGGCGCGCGGCGUGCAGCAGGUUAUUUAUGCGCCCCGGGACUUUACCAGUUUUCUAGAGGACAGUUCCUUCGGUCCGAUUUUACAGGCCGAGGAGACUCAGGGUUCGAUCCCCGAGGACACGACUGCUAUGCUCAAACAACUGCGUGAGGCUAAUGAAGUCUGCGGGGCGCGGGAUAAAAAUCAUGACGUGCAGGUUUAUAAAGGGUCCAUUGCGAAUCUGGAGGAAAUGCUUAGUUGGUGCUACAGCGGGAUGAGGGCAAAAUUGUGUUCUCGUGCGGAACAAAUGAAAUAUCUGCAACGAGCACCAAGCAGUCCUUGGAAACGCAAAUUCGUGUUAGGAAAGGCGAAUUCGUAUACUCCGUACUCCGGUAUCCACUUCGGAUAA